UGGAGACACAAACUGAAGACAAACAACGAAGACAUAAAGCUUCAAAACCAGUAUAAUGAAGUUACUGCUCCUACUCAUCCUCUCUCUGACCACAGGUUGUGAAUCUGAAGUGAGAGCAUGUCACCAUCGAUGGGCUGAAAUCACCUGCAAAUAUCCUGAAACAAAUAACAAAUAUCAGUCUAUUGAUGUAGUUCUUUCCAAUGGAACACCUGUACAAAGCUUUAAGAAGGACGUGUGGGAAGAUAAUGGUAGAUUUGUCCUCUACCAUGAUACAAGAAAUAAAAAUCUCAAGGUUGCAAUAAAACAUGUUGAAGAGCGAGAGUUUGGGGAGUACAGGUGUACAUUUUUCCAAAGAUCGAACUCACCUGACAUACAGGAAGGAAAACUGGAGACUGAGCAUGCAAACUGCCCGCGAACAUUUCUCAGCGUGUACACAACAGCUAACAGCACCAUCACAUGUGGUUAUCCAGAUGUUUACGAGUCCCACAUAAAGUUCUUCUGUAAAAAGAAACAUUUUGCCUGUGAGGACAUUUUAUCAACAAAAUCUUCUUCAAAGUCAAAAGGGAAGUUUACGCUCACAGGCAGCAGCCGUGCCUUUAACAUUUCCAUCAGUCAUGUGAACUCACAGGAUGCUGGUGAUUACUGGUGUGGAGUGGAAUCAAAUGAUGGAAGUUACAGAUUAUCACACACACAAAUACACCUGAAAGUUAUAGAUAUUGAACUUUUGCCAUCAACUAUUGGACAGAACUUCACAUACCAGUGUAAGUACAACCAGGAUGCCUCCACAUGUAUAAAAUUCAUCUGCAAAGGAGAAGAUUCAACUGUAUGCAAACAGCUAGUAACCAGCACAGAGCCUGACGUGAACCAGAGGUUUAUAAUGGAAGAGAACAACGGGAGUAUCAUCAUUACAGUGAGAGAAGUAACAGCAAACGAUGGUGGGAUAUACUGGUGUGGAGCAAGAGUCCCUCACAAACACAAUCAAACACAUGACGACUUCUUUGAUGGAUUUCAUUUGAUUCUAGGUAAGUUGCUUGUACAAUUUAUCACUAAUUCUUAACAUGUUUCUGUUCUAUUGAGUUUCAUAGAAGUCUUACAAAACAAUGUUAGCAAUAAUAUUUAAUUUAUCUCUUGCAUUAGGUAAACAUCUUUUAUGUCUCACUUGUGCAAGAGAUGGUUUUAAUUAGUAUCUUAAAAAUACAGAAAAGAAGUGACAAAGCUGGAUUAAGAUGUUCACACAGUUUAUAAAAACAUAAAGAAAAAGCUUUAACGGUGAGGACUGUGGUUUUUCUCUGAAACAGGUCCUCCUCUAACCACAGCAACCACCGCAGCUCCUCAGAGUUCUGGUGAGAGACUUUAUUUAAUUUAAAUCUGCUAUGAAAGCAAGUGCUGAAGCUGGAUUAAGACGUUCACACUGUUUAUGAAAACAUAGAAAUAAACUGAUGAUGUGAAAGUCUCAAAACUUUCAAAAGGUUUAUCUUUCCUAUGUUCUUCAGCACCGGCAGUUGAACAAUAAUGUCAUGCUGAAUAAUUUUCUGGUCUAAAUUUCUGUGAUGUAGUGAUGACCUUGAUCCUACGUGUGGCUGGGUUGCAGCUGAUGUUUGCAAUCAUUUUAUUCCUUAUCUAUAAACGUGAGUACAUUCAUUUUCAUUUCUCAAAAAUAAGACAAUAUUGAGAUUCUUCCAUAUUUUGCACAGAUAACAUCUAAAAAUCAACAGCAGACAGAGCGACAUUAGCAGAGUCCCCAAAUUCUCCAUCCUAUGACUUAUGAAUACUUCUGAAUACAAGUUAUGAUUAUCUUUUCAAAUUUCUUGUUAAAUCAGAUUAAAUCAAAAUAGAAAAUGGUUCAGUGAUAAUGAUCAAUGCAACUCUGGCAGUUCUUUUUCAGAAGCAGCCAGUGGAGGCCGCUGCAUAUCAGUUUAGUGAAAUGUGUUUAUUUUCUCUUUUCACUUUGCAGGAGUCUCACGUUUAAAAAAUGCUGAAAAUGGAGCUGGAGCAUCGUAUGUCAAACAGGUGGGUGCAUGUGUCUGAUAUGAAGUAUAGUUAAUGCAGCAAUGUGUUGAUACAACCAUUAGUUAACUUUUUCAUGUAUUAGUCAUUUUUUAUACUGAGGAGAGAACAGCAACAUAGGUACAAAAAACAAUGAUGUGGUGGAUUUGGAUGAGAGGGGAGAGUUAUCAUAGUGAGUAAGCUGAAUCCAUGAAAGGAUGCACUAUAUGGAUUUCAGUCACCCAAUUGAAACCACAGACUUUCUAGUCUUUUAGUAAAACCAUAUAAUUUUUCAGACAAUCAACAAAAAGCUCUCCAAAAGCAGAAAAAA